GCGUGAUAAAGAACCGACUGCAGUUGGGUUGUGCUGUACAACCGCCGGUUUCCUGACCUCGGCGUCUGACAAACAAAUGAAGCAAUUAUCGCAGAUGUCAUCGGCAGGCGCCUGCUCGGAUUAUUAUUGAGGGCGCAGAAGGCUCAAUAAGGCGGGUUUAGGGGCGCCUUCAGAACGCCGGGGGCCAGAUGCGUGCACUUCCAGCCUCCCGCAACUGAGGGGCACCGCGAAGGUGCUCACCAGCGCUGGAUGAGUAAGCGGCUUGCACGUCAAUUCAACUCCUCGACUGAGCGUGGUCUUGGCGUUCCGCGACUUUUUUUCCGCCUCGUGUCGACACCUCCAACGAUACAGAAAAGUCCACCGGGAGGCUUGCUCUCCUUCAGCAGCAAUAUCUUAUUGUCUCAAGCCUCCAAGACCGCUCUCAGGUAUCUGAUGAGCCCGACGGUCCAGCUGAAACUACAUUAUGCCCGAUUUAUUUUGAUCACUGCGUACCCGCUCCCAGCCUCUGAGAGUGCCGUAUAGUCGUCUCCCCAGGCUUUUGCCCUUUUGCGUCCAACAUGGCGACCACAAGCUCCAUGUUCAUGUACAACUUGACUAUCCAACCGCCAUCAGCUAUUACUUCAGCCGUGUUGGGCCAAUUUGCUGGUACAAAAGAGCAACAGAUCAUCACAGCAUCUGGCUCGAAGCUCACCAUCCACAGACCCGACCCUUCUCAGGGCAAAAUCUCGCCGCUGUUCACCCAAGACUGCUUCGGUAUCAUCAGAUCGUUGGCCGCGUUCAGGUUAGCUGGCAGUAGCAAAGACUACCUCAUUGUAGGCUCCGACUCGGGUCGCAUUACAAUCCUUGAGUAUGUGAAGGACCAGAACCGCUUCAACCGUGUCCAUCUUGAGACUUUUGGCAAAUCCGGGAUUAGAAGAGUCAUCCCGGGGCAGUACCUCGCGGUCGAUCCCAAAGGAAGAGCAUGUAUUAUUGCCUCGGUGGAGAAGAAUAAGCUGGUCUAUGUCUUGAACAGAAAUGCCCAAGCAGAGCUCACUAUCUCUUCGCCGCUCGAAGCUCAUAAGCCGCAAACUUUGGUCUUCGACUGCGUGGCGCUGGACGUGGGAUAUGAAAAUCCUAUUUUUGCAGCCCUGGAAGUGGAUUAUACGGAAGUAGACCAGGAUCCAACCGGCCAAGCUUUGCAGGAAGUGGAAAAAUUACUGGUCUAUUAUGAACUUGAUCUCGGACUCAACCAUGUCGUUCGGCAAUGGGCGGAACCUGUCGCACGAGAUGCGACGAAGCUUUUCCAGAUUCCCGGAGGUUCGGACGGCCCCAGUGGUGUCCUCGUAUGCGCAGAGGACAAUAUUACAUAUCGACAUUCCAACCAGGAAGCUUUCCGCGUACCUAUACCGCGCAGGCGUGGCGUUCUGGAGAAUCCCGAGCGCAAACGGCAUAUCGUGGCCGGGGUGAUGCACAAGAUGAAAGGCCAGUUCUUUUUGCUGUUGCAGACCGAAGAUGGUGACCUGUUCAAAGUGACCAUCGAUAUGGUAGAGGACGACAAUGGGCAACUCACUGGCGAAGUCAGAGCGUUGAAGAUCAAGUACUUCGACACCGUUCCGGUGGCCAACAGUCUCCAUAUUCUCAAGAGUGGUUUCCUGUUCGUGGCGAGUGAAUCUGGCAAUCACCACUUUUACCAAUUUGAGAAGCUCGGAGACGACGAUGAAGAGACAGAGUUCACAAGUGACGACUACCCGGCCGACCCAACAGCAGCCUAUACGCCAGCAUUUUUCCAUGUGCGACCACUGUCUAACCUCAAUCUCGUCCAAAGUGUUGACGCGGCAAAUCCCUUGCUGGAUUGUAAAGUCGCGAAUCUUCUCGAUGAAGAUGCCCCACAGAUAUACUCGAUAUGUGGUGCGGGCGCACGGAGCAGUUUCAAGACCUUGAAGCAUGGCUUGUCUGUGUCGGAAAUUGUCGAAUCGGAACUGCCUGAUAAACCUGAGGCUGUAUGGACGACAAAGUUGACAAGAGACGACCAAUACGAUGCUUACAUUAUCCUGUCGUUCAGAACCGGGACCCUAGUGUUGAGCAUUGGGGAAACGGUCGAAGAAGUUACUGACACUGGAUUCCUUUCGACUGCACCUACUCUCGCCGUCCAGCAGCUCGGUGAAGACGCUCUGGUUCAAGUUCACCCCAAAGGUAUUCGGCAUAUUCGGGCAGACAAGCGAGUCAAUGAAUGGCCUGCACCUCAACAUCGUUCCAUAGUUGCUGCCACUACAAACGAGCGUCAAGUUGCAGUGGCUUUGAGUUCCGGCGAGAUUGUCUACUUUGAGAUGGACACCGACGGGUCUCUGGCCGAAUACGACGAGAGAAGGGAAAUGACUGGAACAGUCACCUGCUUAAGCCUGGGCGACGUUCCAGAAGGACGUGUUAGAAGCUCCUUCCUUGCUGUUGGUUGUGAUGACUCGACCGUUCGAAUCCUGAGCCUCGACCCCGACUCGACUUUGGAGAACAAAUCUGUGCAAGCUCUUACGUCGGCGCCGUCGGCGCUUUCGAUCAUGGCCAUGGCAGACUCGACAUCGGGUGGUACCACUAUGUACCUUCAUAUCGGUCUCUACUCUGGCGUCUACCUGCGUACAGUUCUAGAUGAGAUAACCGGGGAGCUUUCAGAUACCCGCACCCGUUUCUUGGGUUUGAGGCCUGCGAAGCUAUUUCGCGUCUCGGUCAAAGGUCAGAACGCCGUUAUGGCAUUGAGUUCUCGGCCCUGGCUUGGCUACACAGAUACCCAAACCAACGGAUUCAUGUUGACGCCCUUGGAUUAUGUUCCCUUGCAGUAUGUUUGGAAUUUCACCAGCGAACAGUGUCCUGAAGGGAUGGUCGGUAUCCAGGGGCAGAACUUGAGAAUCUUCUCCAUUGAGGAUCUUUCUCGGAACCUCCUCCAGGAGAACAUCCCGCUACCGUACACCCCCAGGAAAUUCGUCAAGCAUCCUGACCAACCGCUAUUCUACGUCAUCGAAGCCGACAACAAUGUGCUUGCGCCGGCGACACGACAAAAGCUCCUCAAUGAAUCUACGGCAGUCAACGGCGAUGCUGUCAUUCUUCCCCCAGAAGAAUUUGGAUAUCCCAAAGCAACCGGACACUGGGCAUCAUGUAUCCAGGUGGUAGAUCCUGUCAACACCAAGUCAGUCGUCUUCACUCUGGAACUGGAGGAUAAUGAAUGUGCCACGAGUAUCACCACGGCACCAUUUGCAAGUCAGGACGAUGAAGUCUUUCUGAUCGUUGGUACGGCGAAGGACUUGGUAGUGAGUCCUCGGUCUUUCUCCGCGGGAUUCCUUCAUGUGUAUCGCUUCCACGAGGAUGGCAAAGAGCUUGAGUUUAUCCAUAAAACAAAGGUUGAACAACCACCGACAGCAUUACUCGCAUUCCAGGGACGCCUUCUGGCAGGCGUGGGCCCCGAUCUGAGAAUAUAUGACCUUGGUAUGAAGCAAAUGCUGCGAAAAUGCCAGGUCACCACUCCCAACCUCAUUGUCGGCCUUCAGACACAAGGGAGUAGGAUCAUUGUGAGCGACAUUCAAGAGAGUGUCACUUAUUGUGUGUAUAAGUUCCAGGAGAACAAACUCAUUCCUUUUUGCGACGACGUUAUUGCGCGCUGGACAACAUGCUGCACUAUGGUCGAUUAUGAAACAGUUGCAGGUGGUGACAAGUUCGGAAAUCUCUGGAUGCUGCGAUGUCCGCAGAAGGUUUCGGAAGAGGCAGACGAAGAUAACUCUGGUGUUCAUUUACUUCAUGAGAGGGGAUAUCUCAACGGCACUCCCAAUCGACUCAGUCUGAUGAUACACUACUUUCCCGGCGACAUCCCGACGAGUAUCCAAAAAACCAAUCUUGUUGCGGGUGGUCGGGACGUGGUUUUCUGGACAGGCUUUCAAGGAACGCUUGGGAUCCUUGUGCCCUUUGUCAGCCGUGAAGACGUCGACUUUUUCCAGUCACUGGAGAUGCAACUGGCUUCAAGCAAUGGAAAUCCACCUCUGCUUGGGCGGGACCAUCUGAUAUAUCGCUCAUACUACGCACCUUCAAAGGGCGUGAUUGAUGGCGACCUCUGCGAGACAUUCUUCCUGCUGCCGAACGAUAAGAAGUUGAUGAUCGCCGGCGAACUUGAUCGCUCUGUUCGGGAGAUCGAACGCAAAAUAUCCGAUAUGAGGACGAGGGUGGCUUAUUGAUGAAGGUGUUUGAUUGCGAUUUGUUGCUCACGUUGAAGUAUAUGUUUGAUGAUACCCAUAUGAAGAGGCGAUAGGCUGCUAUUCCAGACAGCCUCCGAAUGACAUACUGACAUGAAGAGUUUUGAGGGGACCUCCUGAACCGAAUAUUUUUCUCACUUCACGCUGUGCUUGUGCCGUCAUUUCCCUUUCAACGUCUCUUACCUCGCUCGGUCCAUCGUUUCCAUCGAUUGAUCUUGAGCUGGAUGCUGUCCGCUUCUUCUAGUGGUCCACGCAUGAGACAAGAGCAAUGCCGACUUUGGCACUGGCCGAUCUUUGAGUACGAUCCCAUGUUUUGCGAUAUGGUGGGUGUUGUAAUUUAUGCGGCAAGACAUACAGAGAACCUACAUACAACAAGGCCUGUUUGUUCAGUAAUAGCCCUUGGCGCUCUUGUGGUGUAAAGAGCUUAGAAGUCACGUCAUCGACAUUAACUAUAUGACUAUAUCCAGUAUCUUCAUCAAAUGCUUUCCGAUUACCGAUCAAGGCGGGGGAAUGAGAUCCAAACCUUCCACGGUCAGUUUGAAGACAUCCGACCGCGCGUAGUGUCCGGCGGCAUCAAAAUCCAAAUGACCGCGGUCGCAAUCGUCGAAGUCGACCUCUGUAUAGAGCAGCUCCUGCUCCUUCUCCCAACAUGGACCAGCAAGGGUCUUGCCCAUCGGAUUGACGAUACAAGAACCACCGACCGAGACAAAUUCGUCACCCUUGGGAUCGGAAGAGAUGCCAUGGACAGUGGAUUGCGGCGGCCGUGGGAACGUCUCGGGGGAUUCAUUUAUCGGUGUAGGGGCCGAUUCGGACGUGGCAGGGGCAUCUUUACAUCUCCAUGCAAUCUCAUGGUUCUCUUCUGUGCGCAUCGACAUGGACCUUCGGCGGCCCGCCUUGACCUCUGGAGAACUGCCGCCGGCGCCCGCGGGAGUUCCGUUGGGCAACGCAGUAGUGGUAGCAUUAAAGUGAUGCUUGGUGGUGCUCCCGUCGUGGCGGCUAUGUGGAUCUUGUUGUGUCCCAGUGAUCCAGCCAGGCAAAUGUUUUCUCCUAACACACUGAUUGGCACUGAGCACAAAACAGCGCCCUUCACACGCGACCGUCUUCAUCAACGGUUCCCAUGUAUCCCGCGCAUCUGCGGUCGGGGCCAACCACAGAUUCACACCUUGGCUGUACAGACUAUACCGCAGCAAGGGCAUAUAAUUCUCCCAACAGAUAGCAGUGCCCAUGACGACCCUGACACCAUUGAUAUUGGCCACGACCGCCUUGAGCGUCGAGGGUGACCCCUGCGCCCACACCAGUCUCUCCGAGCCGGUAGGCAUGACUUUUCUUCUCUUGCCGACAACGCCGCGCUUCGGGUCCACGUAGACGGCGGCACAAAACAGACUGCCGCCAGCCUUCUCGAUCACCCCAGUCACGAUAAACACGCCCGUCUCACGCGCCACUUCUUCCAGAAACUCUCGGGUCCCGUCGCCUCGUCGUCCCGUUUCCUUGUUCACGGGCAACCGCCGCUCAAUCCAGUCGUCGCCUGCACCGCCGGGACUGGGUGUGUCCCCUAGAUCGACUGCUGAUUUGGUGUAUGCUAGGAAUUGGUCGCGGCCAACAUCGCUGCGGGACCCGACGGCCGCGCCGAAUGAGCAGGUCCGUGGGUAGCCGCCUAGAUAGGCCUCCGGGAAUAAGAGGAUCGAUAUGCCUUUCUGGGCCGCGAGUGAGGUCGUCUCGCGGAGAGCCCAGAGGGUUUCUUGGAGAGUGUUGAGGGUGUGAGAUUGGGAGACUCCGAUCGUGAGCUUUUGCGGCAUUUUUUUUCUUCUGCUGUGCCCGCACUUCUUACUCGUCUGAAUCGCGGUAGCUAUGGAGUAGUGUAGCUCUGCACAGAGUGCGACCUAGCAGAGUUCACGACGAGUUGUGCUGUAGCUGGUAGAGUAAAGAGUAGCAACGGCGGUCGUGUAAGGUAUUAGAUUAGAUUUGGGACAAAGGUGCAAGUCUCCGUUGC